ACUUCUACAUAUCUGUUGAGCCAGAGUCUGGACCCCCUUCCUAUGCAAGGACCUGAGCUGGGGGUUCAAGCAGAUGACAUGGACCUGGGAGAACCAGAGCAUGAAGAGAAACAGGAAGUUCUGGAAAAUAAAGAUGUCGUAGUACAGCAUGUGCACAUCGAUGGUCUUGGAAGAACGAAGGAAGACAUUUUAACAUAUGAGAUUGCAGAUGUUUUCCGUGCCAAAAACUUGAUUGAUGUAAUGAAGAAGUCCCAUGAGGCCAGACAGAAACUUUUGCGUCUGGGGAUAUUCAGAAAUGUGGAAGUUGUCAUUGACACUGCUGAAGGUGCUGAUGCGCUGCCAAAUGGACUAGAUGUGACAUUCGAGGUGAAGGAGCUGAGAAGAAUGACGGGAAGUUACAACACCAUGGUUGGGAACAACGAGGGAAGCAUGGUGAAGAAGCUGACCUUCCAGUUCUCUUAUGGGACUAAGGAAACCUCAUAUGGCUUGUCAUUCUUCAAGCCCCAGCCUGGACAUUUUGAGCGCAAUUCCCAUCUGGGGGACACAUCACACUUUGAAGUGGGAGGGCGUGUGGAGAGAGCUGCGGGCUGUUUGGCCCGUACGGCCUCCUUCGCUGUCAGGGAGGAGAGUGGCCAUUCCCUGAAGUCCUCACUUUCUCACACAAUGGUCAUCGACACACGCAAUUCUACCAUUCUUCCAAGGAAAGGUGCCUUAUUGAAGAUCAACCAGGAACUGGCAGGUUACACUGGAGGAGAUGUCCGUUUCCUGAAGGAAGACUUUGAAAUUCAGCUCAACAAGACUCUGUUCUGGGACUCUGUGCUCUCUACCUCUCUGUGAGGUAUGUUGCUGCCUCUUGGAGACAAACCCUCCGUAUGCGCUGAACGGGUGAGUUACCUCGGUGGGGAGGCUAUUGGAUGCCGAGGGCUUCAUCUGUACACCCCUCUCCCAUUCAGGCCAGGUAGAGGCGGCUUCGGAGACCUUUUCAGGACACAUUUCUUUCUCAAUGCCGGAAACCUGUGUAACCUCAACUAUGGGGAAGGAUACCCCGGCGCACCUGAGCAAGCUGCCGAAUGGUAUCCGCUGGUAUUAUGGAGCGGGUAA